UUUACCGAAAGCAGAAAUCGUAGACACUUGUGUGCCAGCUGUUCAGAAGACCGAGCGAGGAAAUGAAAAGCGUUAUACAGAGCGUAAUUUUAGUUGCCGGUCUUACAGUGGCAUAUGUCUUCUCUUCGAUAGAAGAGUGCCAACAGAAAGGAUACCCUACUUCAUGUAAUGGCACGGAAGGGGUUCUUGAAAAUGGUACACCUUGCCUGACUGUAUAUACAGGUCCAACUUUCGCAGUUGCUGGCCUCUGCAUGAAUGGACAGUGUGCCUACCCAAAUUCUUCGGAAGAAGACAAACGAGCGCACCCGAAACAGUAUCACAACUGCUCGGAUAAAUAUAACUAUGCCAGAAUGGUCCUGUUCAACUGCUAUUAUUAUUGCAAUAAAAGCGGUGAAUGGUUCUAUGGCUUCUACAACUUCUCCACCGACUGUCAUAUGGAAGACGGGAAGGCCCCAUUUGGGAAAUGCUGCAAAGGAGAAUGCACGAGAAAUAUUACGUGCUAAUUUUCAUCGAAACUUACAACGUCAAAUAAUCUAUUUCGGUAGGAGAGUGAUAGUACCGGAUUCCAUCAGUAUACCUCUGAUACUUCGUAAA